AUGGGUAGGCGUCGGCUAAUCAAAACCACACGUAGGGAUUUAAUAAGUUCUCUGCCGGUAGAGGUAAAGCACAGAAUUUUGGAGUGUUUGCCCACCCAAGACACUGCCAGAACUGCUCUACUCUCAACCAACUGGAAUGAUGUUUGGUCCCAGCGUGGGAGGCUUGUGUUCGAUUUUAACUUCUCAUAUAGAGUCAAACAGGGCUACUUUGAAGAUAAGGGCAGAACUCUCGCUGGCAUAAUAGAUAAUAUUCUCCUUUCCCGUGCUGGACCAAUUAAGAAAUUUACUCUGGAUAUUGGAAAUGAUUAUCAGCAGUCUCAUUUCGAUAGGUGGUGUCUUUUUCUAUCAAAAAAUGGUGUGGAGGAGCUUCACAUAUCAUUUUGUAAUGGUAGAGAGGCUGGAUUUAAGCUGCCAUUCUGUAUACUCUCGUGCCGGACAAUUAAGCAACUGAGGGUCGAAUUUCCCAUUAUUGAUUUGCCGGUAAAUAAUGUUGGUGGUAUAUUUUUCAAUGUCACUUCAUUAUUUUUCUCAGGUGUUGAAUUUAGGCCCACUGUUAAUGAAACUGCUUCUAGUAUUAGUAUCAGUAUUCCUAACCUUGAGAAGCUGGCUUUCUUUAAAUGUCGAGGGAUCAAUAAAUUUGAGAUCAGCGCUUCAAAACUUGAAAAGUUGUAUGUUCGUUAUUUUGUGCAUGAUGUGGUUGAAUCAAGAUGGUUGGCACCACAUUUGAAAGCAAUUAAGAGUCUUUGGUUGUGUGGCUCUUCCUUGUUGUAUGUGGACGCAUCUUUGUUUGCAAAUGCAAUAAAUCUCCAAGUACUAGGGUUGGAUUACUUAAGUUUUGGUUGUGGGAAGCAGCUCACGGUUGUUAUGCAAUUGCUUCAAAAAUGCCCCAACCUAUAUGAACUGGGAAUUAUGGCUGAUCCGGCAGUAUGCAAAUGUGAUGAAGAAUCUACUUCAAGACUUUUGGAGGAUCUAGAUGGUUGCUUUAUUGUUAAGGAUCUAAAGAUGCUUAACACAAUCAAGAUUGAAUUAUUUAGUGGAUCCACAGUUGAAAUCCUUUUUGGUUGGGAGGAUGAUGACAAAGAAGUUGCUUCAAGGCUUUUGGAGGAUCCGGAUGGUUGCUUAGUUAUUCAAGAGUUGAAGAUGCAGAUGCUUAACACAAUCCAGAUUGAAUCAUUCAGUGGAUCUGCAUUCGAAAUGUUUUUUAUGAAACUGCUGCUCUCAAAAUCCCCUGCCCUAGAAAGAGUUGUUAUUCUGAAGCGUUUGGGUAUGAAUGCCUCCAAAGUGAGAAAAAUCCAAAGGAAGUUGUAA